AUGUCCUACGGAUAUAGAUACGGCUCGAUAGACACCACCACCACCAUCAACAUCAGAAGCAGCACGCCCUGCAUUCUGUUCCUGACAAACAGCGAGCGCGAGCAUUCAAGCGUCAUCCUCGCCGUAGCUCACGAAUUUCUCAUUGGCAAUACGCCUUACAAGAUCCAUAUUGGAUCAUUUGGACCGCUUAAGAGACAUGUUUCAGAGUUGAACUACUAUGCUGCGGCUUCGGAGUCUCCUUUUGCUACUGAGGCAACUUUCGAGGAGAUCCCUGGAAUGUCUAUGAAACAUGUUCGCAUGAGAGAUGGACAGUUUGACGACAUCCCGCAGAUUGGUUUCUUUGCUGCGUUGAGGAACUAUCGCACGGAUUUGGCUCUGGGUUUGAUGCCUUGGACCGGUAGGGAUUAUAUUGAGAUCUUCAAUGGCGUUGUUGAUCUUGUGAAAUCCCUUGGCCCUGUUUUGAUCGUCGUUGAUCCACUUUUUGCUCCCGCUGUCGACGUCUGUCGGUACUUGCGUUGGAGACAUGUUCUGAUUUGUUCUGGGUUCAAGAUGCCAAUGUCCAUCUGGGACAAGCUUCGCAACCUCUUCCUGGGUUUCCGGUUCAAGCACGAACUUGACAAAUGCGAAAGUCUCAAGGAACUCAAUGAGGCCCGUGAGGCUCGCGGAAUUGAGGGCCCUCUUCCUUUCAUGUCCCACGAGGCAAAGAAGAGUAGCCGUGUCAUCAUUCCUUCCUGGCCGGAGACCGACUUCCCACUCAUUGUGCCUGAGCACAUGACCCUCUGUGGCCCUAUUCUUCGCCGCUAUCGCCCUAUGGUGAAGGAAGAUCCUGAACUGGAGAAUUGGCUUUCGAAGCGUCCUACUGUGCUGGUCCUUAUGGACGCCCGCUUCACCUACGAGGGCAAGCAGCAAAUUGAAAUCGCCAAGGCCCUGAGCAUGCUUCUCGAGCAAGAGCUCAACAUCCAAGUCCUCUGGAAGCUCAAGCACGUCGAUGAUCCUGCCGUGACCAGAGAGAUCGUCAAGCUUUUGGGGGUGUACAUACACGGGAAGCGUAUGCGCAUUAUGAAGCAUUUUGUGUUCGAGACCAUGUCAGUUCUUAUGAGUGGACAUGUCAAUUGUGUGGUGAACUAUGGCGGAGCCAAUGCGUUCCAUGAGGCUGUCAGGGCUGAGGUUCCGCAGAUCGUGCUCCCGGUCUGGUUUGACGCGUACGACUUUGCUGCACGGGUUGACCGCAGGUCGGCGCCGGGCGUGAGUGGGGAGGAGCUGGGCAAUGCGCUGCUGCGUGUGAUGGCCGACACUAACGAAUCCUAUGCAAUGCGCAUGCGGGCCAUGCAGGUAUCCGGGCAGCUGCCGUUCAAGGAUGGACGCGUGGUCGCAUACGAGAAACUGCUCGAGGCCAUGGCAGCCAACAUCGCCCAAAAAGGUCCCCAAACAGCCCCCAUAACCCUCUACAACCGCACAAGCAGCAAAGCGACGACCUUCGCAUCGACCCUCCCCGCCAACAAAGCCACCGUCAGCACGACCCUCUCUUCCGCCAUCUCCACCUCAACCAUAAUCUUCAUCUGCGUCGGCGACGACGCCGCCCUGGAAGCCAUUAUCUCAGGCCUCCCCACGGACUCCCUCUCCUCCAAGAUCAUCGUCGACUGCUCCACCGUGCACCCAGACACCUCGCGCAAGAUCCACAGCCAACUCGCCUCGCACGGCGCCUCCUUCAUCGCCUGUCCCGUAUUCGGCGCCCCCGCGGCCGCCAUCGCGGGCCAACUCGUCGUCGUGCCCGCCGGUGACGCCGCCGCCAUCGAGCGCAUCAAGCCCUUCCUGGAUGGAGUUACUUCCAAAGCGACGAUCUCCAUGGCCGGUGAGGAUGUGGGCCGCGCCACGACGCUGAAGAUCCUCGGAAACACGUUUAUCUUGAAUACCAUAGAGACGGUGGCGGAGGGGUUGGUUACGGCGGAGAAGACCGGGUUGGGGGCGGAUAUGUAUCAGCAGUUCAUGCAUACGUUUUUCCCCGGCCCGUUUGCGUUGUAUGCGGAUCGCAUGGUUACCGGGGAUUAUUGUCGGAGGGAGGAGCCGUUGUUUGCGGUGGACUUGGCCAGGAAGGAUUUGAGACAUGCUAGUAAUUUGGCUGGGGAGGCGGGGGUCAGGUUGAGGAGUGUGGAGGUUACGGAUCAUCAUUUGGUGAAUGUAAAGAAGGAGAAGGGGGUGAAGGGAGAUGUGGCGGCGGUUUAUGGGUCUGUGAGGAAGGAGGCGGGGUUGCCGUUUGAUAAUUAG